UGGGAUGUUCUCUUUGGCUUUCUUGUUUGUGUUUUGAUGCAAUGGAAAAGAUAAAACGAGUACAAGGUUCCGAAGAAUUACGAGUUACGGUUCUGGGAAUAUAUUUAUGUUAAGGAUGUGAAUAGUUUUCUAAUGUAUGUUGAAUUAUGGUGACGUUUUGGGAAGAUAAUAAUGUCUUUUCAAUUUUCUUGUCAUGGUUGAUACCGUUUUCAAUCCAAUUUUCGGUUUUCGAUUUAGCACAAUUCUUAUCUGAAAAACAUAGCAAAACCAGUCUGGUUAAACUGGACCAGACCGUUUACUAUCCUACUGCCAAGCCAUAGGUAUUGGGCUGGGCUCGCGCAGUGACAUUGACCAGACCCAGAAAAGCAAAGGCCCAAUAUCUCUGAAAACAAACAAAACAGCCAAAAACCCCUUCCCUCCGUCCAAUCCGAAAGCAAAACCUAAACCCAUAUUGCUGGUUUCUGCUACUGGUUGCCAAAAGUCCCGUCUCCCGCAAAUUCAUUCUUCGCUCCACCGCCGCCGCCAAGAUGGCUUCACCGGCGGGCAGGAACCAGAAGUCCAGGAAAUCCAAGUCCAAGCAUACUCUGAAGGAGCUCAAAGCCCUUGGCCAGCAGUUGCUCUCUUCCAGAAGCCACGUCAACAACCUUCCCCUCCUCCUCAACUUCAUCUCCCCUGAAUUCCCUCCCCAAUACGUUCUCGAAUCCCUUCUCUCUCUCCAGUCCUUCUUCACUCCCCUCCUCCCCCAGCUCCCUCCUUCUUCCUCCAAAACUCACUCUGCCCCUUCUAAAGGCGACGACGAUGCCGAAGUAAUUUACAGGACCUGGCUUCGCUCCAAGUUUGAUCACCUCGUUAGCUCCCUCAUCGACAUUGUCAUCUCGCCGCAGCCUGAUCCCACGUUGAGGGAAGUUGUGUUGGAUGCCAUCAUGGAAUUUGUUAAGGCUGGGAAUAGAGGGAAAUUUCAUUCCGCCAUAUAUCACAGGUUAAUCCACAACAUUGUCUACUCCAGCAACCCAGUUGAUUUUGUCGUAGAGUUGCUAGUGUCCAAGUUCUUCAAGUACAGUGAUAUACGUUACUUCACAUACAUCAGCCUUGAGAAACUAACCAGGACUUUAGAAGCUAAACAAAGCUCUGACAAUAAAGUUGGAAAUUCCAGUGGUGGUGUUGAGGAGCGGAAUCAGUCAGCAGAACGUCUUGAGCUUCCGAUCCACAAAGUGCACUAUCUUUUGGCCCACAUGCCCACUCUUGAUGAUCACGAAGAGAACUCUAAUCUUGAGAUGUGGAGUGAUUCAGGAAUACCCUUGAAAGAUGAAUCUCAAACUCCUAAACCCACAAAAACUAAAGAUAAAGUGCUCAAGUCAAGCAAACAAACUAAUGUCAUAUCAACAGCAAGUAUUGUCAAAAAGAUGAAAGUCAAAUUUACAAAUGCGUGGAUAUCAUUUCUUAGGUUACCACUUCCACUUGGCGUAUACAAGGAGGUUCUUGCAACUUUGCAUCAAACUGUCAUGCCUAACCUGGGCAAUCCCCUAAUGUUAUGUGACUUCUUAACAAGAUCAUAUGAUAUUGGUGGGGUUGUCAGCGUCAUGUCUCUUAGCAGUCUCUUCAUCCUUAUGACUAAGCAUGGGUUGGAGUACCCUGACUUCUAUGACAAACUGUAUGCACUGCUGGUACCUUCUGUCUUUAUGGCGAAACACAGGGCAAAAUUUUUUGAGCUCCUUGAUUCAUGCCUAAAGUCACCUCUUCUUCCAGCAUAUCUUGCUGCUGCUUUUACUAAGCGGUUGAGUAGGCUCUCACUUGUGGUCCCUCCAUCAGGAGCAAUGGUUAUCAUUGCAUUGAUUCAUAACCUCCUGCGCAGGCAUCCUUCAAUCAACUGCUUGGUUCACCGGGAAGAUGUCAAUGAAACAUCGAACAAUAACUCAGAAGCAGAAAGAGACAGUGUUGAUAAUAAUGAUGGAAGUGAGACUAGCAGAAGAUUAGGUGUCGACCAUUUUGACAAUGAGGAAAGCAAUCCGGUGAAGUCCAAUGCAUUGAGAAGCUCUUUGUGGGAAGUGGAUAACCUUCGUCACCAUUACUGUCCCCAUGUUUCAAGGUUUGUCGAGUCACUAGAGACCGACUUGACAGUGAGAGCAAAAACCACAGAGAUGAAUAUAAAGGACUUCAGUUCUGGGUCAUAUGCCACAAUUUUUGCGGCAGAGAUUCGAAGAAGAGUGAAACAGGUGCCUCUGGGAUUCUAUAAAACGACACCAACGACAUUGUUCUCGGAGUCUGAUUUUGGUGGUUGGACAUUCAAAUGCGAAGAAGAAGCAAGCAAGCAAGGAGAUGAGAGCAGCAGCCCUUCGAAACGACAGAGGACAGAGUGAAGUCCGUGGAUAGCAGAUCAAAGAAGGUGCGAAGAUCUCCUUGUAACAUUUGAGCUAAUCAUGCCGUGGGGUGAGAGGAAAACGUGAAAGAGUGGAUAUUAUGGUUGCAGCAGCGUCUUGUGGGGUUUUGGCACAUUUUGCUUUUUGCUAGCUAUGAAUGAUGGUAAAAGACUAAAAGAGGAGGGUCGAGGAGCCGCAGCAGUGGGUUGGAAAAUGUAUUAGUUUUACUCUGUAGUUGUGGUCUUUGGAAAUUGCUGUUAUCUGUUUUAUGUUUCUCCUUUUGUUGUUAAGUUAGUACGUCUAUGAAACAAGUUUCUCCUUUUAUUGUUAAAUUGAUGAAAUGCAUCUUAGCUUGGGGUUCCCUGCUGGGUUUAUUGCUUGGUUAAAAAUGUGUGUCAUUACCCCAAUGUUAACUGUGAGGUUUAAUGAAUUGUCAGUUGCCUAUUUCUCUGUAUAAAAGGUCUGAGGCAGGGGGAUCCCCUCUCCCUCUUACCUAUGGAGUUAUUUUCUUGUCUUAUGCAUAGAGUUCUGCAGCAAAAUGCUAUGCCUUCCCACCUUAUGUGCAAGAGGUUGAAUUUGACACAUCUUAUGUUUGCUGACAACUUCUCUCUUAUUAUUCUCUUAUGUAUCUAAUUAUGGGAUUCAGUGUGUAUAAAAUGUGUUGAAUAAGUUUAGAUAUAUGUCUGGUCUCGAGUUAAACCCCUCGAAGUGCGAACACUUUUCUGGUGGAGUUUCAAAUCAGUGGCAGCUUCUGAUGGCUUAGAAUUCAGGUUACAAACUUGGUACUCUACCUGUUAGGUAUCUUGGUCUCCCUCUGUUAGCAUAGAACUUUUUAUCAAGACUUUUAAGCCUCUGAUUGACAAGGUUACAAGCAAAAUUAAUAGUUGGAACUUGGAAGUCGAAGUCUAUUGGAAACACAGACUCAUUUGUUUGCAUAAUGCUCCUUGUUUAAAAUGAUUUAUGCAGAUUUGUUCUCCAGAUUUACAACAAGAAAACCUGGAGAUCUGUGGCAAGUUGAACUUCAGUGGGCGAUGAAUUCUUUUCAAGGAUUCGAGUGUCUUUGCUCAUGCUGGCAGACACACAUUUUGCAAGCUCUGUUAGCCACGAUUUGGAGAGCGUAGUUUGAUGGAAGGAAAAAAGAUGUUAGUGAGCUGCAGAUCUUAGUUAAAAGAGAUGUGUGACUUGUGUUGGAUUCCAGUAUUGCAGAUCAGUUUUUUGCUUGAUGGUCUUCUGCUUAGUUUGAAAUUUUGAUAGUCUUGUUUCUUUUACUCUACUUGUCCCGUACUCAAUGGAGAGUUUGUUGCUAAUAGAGUUGGAAAUUUUGAUGAAAUGCAAAACCUAAUUGAUUCAUCAUAAAAGGAAAAACCUGGUCAUAUCAAAUAUAUUCUAGCCAAUUUAGUCGAUACCGACCAGAUUGUACGACCGACAUGUCAGUGGUUUCACAACCAUACUUAUGAGAAUUGGGAAGAGAUUGAGAUAAUAAAAAAAAAUAUAUAAUUCAUUUGCAUUGCCAAAACUAUUGACUUUGUGACAAUAAUAGCCAAUUUGUGAAGAAUACACAAAUUGCCCAUAUUUUAGAAACAUGUUUGUCAAAUUUAGCCACUUCCGUCGUUAGAGAUUCCAUCAGUUACAUUAACAAGACAUUGACGAGGAUACCACCUUGACGCACAUCAGCGACAACUCGAAAUGUCUCACCACGUGGACACCACAUCAUACUUUAAUGACAUAAUACACAUGUAUAGCCAUAACUAUCGACUUUGUGAUAACAACAGCCAAUUUCUCAUAAAAUACACAAAAUGUUCAAUUUCAUCCAAAACUUUAUGGAGUCAUUUUAGAUGUUGACUUAACUAAGUUUCUGCUGAUUUGGAGACACUUAGUAAUCAUGUGGAAUUAACUAAUUCACUUGGCAUAACUAAAAAAAAUAAAAAAUGAAAGAUAAAUAAAAUAAAAUAAAACGGAAGGGUCGUCCACCUCCAAUUCGCCUGAGUCUCAGUCCUAGCCCGUUCUCCUUCCUCCAAUCGACAGCCUCAACCCCUUUUCACCUCCGUCCACCGUAUUUAACUGGUGGUGGCUUUUUAGCAGGUCUUCCUCUACCGCUAAAUAGAGAACCACUAGGAAGAGAGCGAAACUGCUCUCGACGAUAUCCACAAGCAUUGGAGUCCUGACUUCUUACGCUAGUAGCGACUGUGACACGAAAGUGUAUUUUGCCAGAACGAUGGAGAAGCAAGUAAUCGCAGACGUUGGUGGGCUGUCCGAGAAAUCAGAAAGGAAGAUAGUUGGGCUAGAAGAGGAAUAUGAUGGAUAAAAUAGAAUUUGUACUAAUAUUUUUUAAAUAAAAUAUGAUGUGGCAUCCACAUGGCAUGGCAUGUCCAGUUGUUGCCGAUGUGUACGUUUAGGUGACAUCCUCGUUAGCAUAUUGUUAAUGUCGUUAAAAUUUUUAACAAAGUGGUUAAAUUUUUCAAAUAUGUUUUAAAAUCGGGAUGUUUUUUGUAUUUUUCAAAAAUGGGAUAUUAUUGUCACCACGUCAAAAGUUAUGGUCUUAAGCCCUUAAACGAUGGACUUGAAAGUCCCUGUUCAAUUCCCAUCUAAAGAGGUGGAACUUCAAGUCCACGGAUGUGUACCCUGAAAGUUUGUGGGUCCCACAAAUUUGUUGUACCUAAAUACAUUAAGCAAACAAUGAAUUUUGGAUAAACUC